UUUGCUCUCUUCACAAAUAGGACACGGCUCUCCAACUCAGGCAGUCCCAAUCUGACCUUCAAGCACACGGAACCCUAUAACGCGAGAUCGGCGCGGGACUGUCGAGAGAAAAACACCUAAUCUAAACUUCUGCAAUUUUAACCGUCCAUCACCACCAUCAUCAUCUGUGCAUAAACUGGCCACCGCCGGGGCAGCUGGACUAUACUUCUUUUUUUUUUACAAAACAUUCAGGGGAGAGGAAAUAAUUUCUUCCUGCCUUGAUUUCUCCCCGUCCCUCAUCUAUCCACCACUUGCAGGGGAGGUGAGCUGAGCUGAGUGUGUCUCUUGUUUGUUUGUUUGUUUGUUUGUGUGUGUGUGUGUUUGUGUGUGUGCCUGUCUAACAGUCUAACAGCAGAGCCAGUCGGAUGCUCUGAGCCAACGGGACGCAGAGCUGUAUAUGGAAGUUGUGGGCUGCAAGGCAGAAGCGAGCAGUUGCACAUUGCGUCGUUCAGGAGCGGGAGCCAUGCUGUUCCACGGGAUCUCCGGUGACCACAUCCAAGGCAUCAUGGAGGAGAUGGAGAGGAGAUCCAAAACCGACUCGCGCCUUACCAAGGGCGUGCAGCUCAACGGAAGGGAAUCGACCAUGCCUUCGAUGGGACCGGAGAAGCCCGCGUUGUGUGCUGGCUGUGGAGGCAAAAUCUCGGAUAGAUAUUACCUACUCGCUGUGGAUAAACAGUGGCACCUGCGGUGCCUCAAAUGCUGUGAAUGUAAACAACAUUUGGAGUCAGAACUCACGUGUUUUGCCAAGGAUGGCAGCAUCUACUGCAAGGAGGAUUACUACAGAAGGUUCUCAGUGCAGAGGUGUGCGCGCUGCCACCUCGGGAUAUCGGCAUCGGAGAUGGUAAUGCGUGCACGGGACUCGGUGUACCAUCUGAGCUGCUUCACGUGCACCACGUGCAACAAGACCCUGACCACCGGCGACCACUUCGGCAUGAAGGACAGCCUGGUGUACUGCCGGGUCCACUUCGAGACCAUAGCCCAGGGAGAGUACCCACACCCCGGCCUCAACUACUCCGAGCUGGCGGCUAAAGGCGGAGGUCUGGCGCUGCCUUACUUCAAUGGCACUGGGACAGCUCAGAAGGGAAGACCUCGCAAGAGGAAGAGCCCCGCCAUGGGCAUAGACAUCGCCAGCUACAACUCAGGUUGUAAUGAGAACGAUGGAGACCACCUGGACCGUGACCAGGCCUACCCUCCCUCCCAGAAGACCAAGCGCAUGCGCACCUCCUUCAAGCACCACCAGCUCCGCACCAUGAAGUCCUACUUUGCUAUCAACCACAACCCCGACGCCAAGGACCUCAAACAGCUUGCCCAGAAGACAGGCCUCACCAAAAGAGUUCUACAGGGAGAACAAAUCUUGGGGCAUUACAGCCAAACUUCCCGACGUUUGAAAAUUCCCUAAAGUAUUAAGAGAAGGGGAAUUCCUCACCAUUGAAGACAAAGACAAUAUUAGGAUAAGACCAUAGAAUAGAGAAAAAAAAUAAACAAAAACAUGUUUUAGUCCAAAACAACAAAAUAAAUAUUUUAAACGUUUUUCUUGAACGUUUGAAUCCAACUACAGAGGAUAAUAGUGUGUGAUUACUGAUAUCCUUAUGAAAAAAGACUUGACUGCUCUUUGUAUUGGAAUGCCAUUCACACACAGUGAAAUAAAGUUGUAUAGAAACAUAGUUGUAUAUAGCAGAGCAGCCUGGCAGCACAGGAGAUACAAUGGGAUUAAAAGACAGCAGACCUUAAACAACACUACAGGACACGAACACACACAGACACACACCUACUCCCCUCCCUUACCCCACACACUCCUAACCCCACCCUCUAUAUAAUCGGCUUACUCUAUGAAAAAAAGUUAUUUUGUCACAAAUGUAAUUUUGUAAACACAUGGCCUCCUUGAAACUGGCGAGCAUGACGGCCAUCAAACGGGCUGAUGAAGAGGACUGCAGAAUUGGCGCUUUGCGAUCUGGCUUCACUAAGGACAAGAGGAAGUAACAAAAAAAAAGAUGAAAAAGAUUCCCAUUUUGCAUGCACCUCAUCUUGAUAACAUUAUCCUUGAGAUGUAUUUUAUUAUUUUGUUUGAUGCGUUGUAUUUGUAUCAUUCAUUGUCAGCUGUGAAAUAAACCCUGUGAAAAUCCUGUCCCUGA